GUAGCAGUAUGACCAAAUACACUGAAAAACUGGAAGAGAUCAAAAGAAAUUACAGAUACAAGAAAGAUGAGCUCUUCAAGAGACUGAAAGUGACUACUUUCGCCCAGCUGGUAUGUUCUGUCCUUAAACUGCAUUUUUCCUGGUCUGAUGAAAACUCAGAAGUACCAUGUGAGGAAAAUCAGAAGUUUGACGAAGGCGAUGCUGCUCCUUCAGAUAACAGCCCUGACAUGGCGGCAGAGACCAAUGGCAAAAGCAGCCCUGGUGACAAACCAGCCAGUCCCAUCCUGUUCAUAAACAACACCGGUGCCGGGGAGUCGUAUCGUUCCACCCUACAGAGUGGCGUGGGUGAGCUGGACCUGGGGAGAGGCCCGAAGAAAGAACGGAAACUUUGCAAAGACAGACCUUACCCCGACUGCCCCUACCUGCUGCUGGACGUGCGAGAGCGAGAUGCGUAUGAGCAGUGCACACUAGUGGGAGCUUACUCCUACCCAAUCGCCACGCUAUCCAGAACCAUGAAUCCCUAUACGAAUAACAUUUUGGAAUACAAAAACGCUCACGGAAAGAUCAUCAUUCUGUACGACGACGACGAGAGAGUAGCCAGCCAAGCUGCCACCACCAUGUGUGAAAGGGGUUUUGAAAACUUGUUCAUGCUCUCUGGAGGUCUCAGAGUCGUCGCCCAGAAGAUCCCCGAAGGCCUGGUGACUGGCACAUUUCCUGCCUCUUGCCUAUCGGCCGGCCAGCCGGGGACCGCCCGGAAAAGAGCCACUCCCAGGCAGCCCCUCCCCCCGCCCGCUGAGAAUAAGGAGAUUACAGCAGAGGAUCUACAAAAGAUACAGUACUACCUAGAAGAGGAGCAACUUCCUACAGAUUCCGCAACCCGUCUUAGCCGUGGUUCUUCAGGUCGAGACUCCAAAGCCACCGCUGUGAGGAGCAGUCAGAACCUGCCCACCACCACCACAACGGUGGCUCUCUCCACCCGUUCCCUCAGCAGCAGCAGCCUGCAAAGCAGGCCCUGGAGAUAGACGUUUCCCACUCAAUAAAAGAGAGUCCCUCUUCCUGGGGCCCUUUGAUCACUACAGCCAGUCUUUCGCUUUUAGGAAGGUGAUGUGCACGGGACAGAGAGGGGCGGAAGAGCAAAUGUGGGCAAGGUAUGGAAUAGGAGAGGGGGAAACGCCACGGGCCAGGGACCUUUGGAGCAGAAAAGAAGCGCAGGGUGGGAAGGAAACAGGUUAACCUUAUCUAAACCUCCCAGCUAAGACUCUGGUUGGUGUUUGUCAUUGCCUCCCCCACCCCUAAAGGUGGAGGAGAUGGGAUUUCC